AGACUUUGUUUUGUACAAAUACAAUAGGCCUACCGUAUUUAUACCGGAAAAAAUAGCUGCCUACAGUAAAGCGCUUUUCAUUAUAUUCAAAGGAUCAAAGAUCUAACUCAAUGUCUCUAAAGCAUAAGCUCAAGGGUGCUGCUAUUAUCCUUGGAGGGGGUGCUGUUUGUUUCACCGGGAUCAACAUUGCUAAUGGCAAUGAGAAGUUCUACCAUGACUUUGUGAUGCCAGCGUUCCGAUGGGUAGACCCAGAAAGAGCCCACGUCUUGGCAGUGAAAGCCGCAGCCUGGGGAUUGGUGCCAAGGAGCAAGUACAAGGAUUCUUCAAUUCUGCACUGCAAAGCCAUGGGUUUAGAAUUCACCAAUCCCAUUGGCAUGGCCGCUGGAUUUGACAAGCAUGCGGAGGCCAUGAAUGGUCUACUCAAGAUGGGUUUUGGGUUCGUAGAGGUUGGCAGUGUCACCCCUGAACCCCAAGAGGGAAACCCCAAACCCAGAGUGUUCAGAUUGACCGAAGACAAGGCAAUUAUCAAUAGGUAUGGCUUUAAUAGUGUUGGACAUGAUGUAGCUCAACAGAGACUGAAGGAAAGGCAAGAGCAAGCAGCACAUCUACCUCAAAAUCAAAGGGGCAUUAUUGGUGUCAACCUUGGUAAGAACAAGACCUCUGCGAGUGCGGUCCAGGACUAUGUCAACGGUGUGAAGAAACUAGGCUGCUUAGGGGACUACCUAGUCAUCAACGUCUCUAGUCCCAACACACCUGGGCUAAGGGCUAUGCAGGGAAGACAGCAGUUAGCAGAGCUUGUUGACCAGGUAGUUGCCACGAGAGAUCUCUUGCCCUGUACACCUAAGCCUCCAGUUCUAGUCAAAAUAGCUCCUGAUUUAACUCAAGCAGAUAAGGAGGAUAUAGCUGCUGUAGUGAUGGCCAAAAAGGGUGCUGUGGAGGGUAUCAUCGUAACCAACACAACGAUAACUCGUCCUGAUAGCCUAGUGGGCAAGCAUAAAGGAGAGACUGGCGGUUUGAGUGGUGCUCCUUUAAAAAACAUGUCAACAGCGACAGUUCGGGAUAUGUACAGAUUAACAAAUGGUAAAGUGACCAUCGUUGGAGUGGGUGGGGUCAGCUCAGGUCGAGAUGCCUAUGAGAAGAUAAGAGCUGGAGCCUCAUUGGUUCAACUCUACACUGCAUUUGCAUACGAAGGACCGCCUCUACCAUCUAAAAUUAAUAGGGAAUUAGAAGAAUUGCUGAGAAAAGAUGGAUUUCAGUCUGUAUCAGAUGCAGUCGGAGCAGACAACAGAUAGCAUCACUUCACAUAGAUAUACUUCACAAAGAUAGACAACAAAGCGGAAUACUAAAAUAGCAUAUUUCACUUCUGCAUAUCUGGUUCCUGUGGCACAAAACUUAAUUGCUUCUACAGUUGAUUUGUAUUCAACGUAGAAAUGCAAAUAAAACACCUUCAUAAAGAUUUCAUGGACAUGCUAUUUUAGUCAUCUGGCCCAUGCAAUUUCUGCAUCCUGCUAUGUCAGGCAUGCUUACAUAAUAUCUUGCUUUGAAAUUUGCCCAUCAUAAUAGAUGGAAGGAAAGGUCAUUUAAUGAAAUUUGCCCAUGAGAUAACUCUGAACUGGUUUAUUAAACCCUGUCCUUGAGCAAUAACAGUAGUCGUCGCCGUCUGAAGAAGCUUCAAAGGGCCAAAGUCUCACAAGAUAGUACAACUGUACUAACCUGUUGGUUACUUAUGCUUUAUUAUUAUUUUACAGACUCCUCCAGGAAAUGUGUGGGCUUAGUUUUGACUGGGUUUACCAGAUUGUGUAAAGAAGAAAUCCUUUCAGACGCUUUUUUGGAACACCACCAUUUCUUGUAUGGUCUUUUAAGAAGGGUAUUACAGUAAUAAUUCUUGAUGUCAUGUAUGAUAUAUGAUUUUUGUCUGAUUUGUUACUUUCUUUUAAAUUUCCAAUCAUGGAGUAUGUAUUAUACAAAGUCGGU